AUGUCUUCUGGAGAGCGCCCCUCCCUACUCUCGCAUGACACACUCGGCGCCCCAACCUUAGCUGGCAGUCUGCGGGAGAAUGGAGUCGCUUCUUUCAGCGUAGAUGGAGCCUUGGAGCAGAAUGGACAGAAUGGCAACUAUGCAAAAUAUUGGACGGAUGCUCGGGACUUCGGAUCCGUUGGCGAGCAGUCGGAUGAUGACGGGAGUGCACUGUUGGAUGACAAUGACUCGAUAGAAGAUUAUGAUGAGAUGGAGUUGGAUCCGGACACUUUAGUCGCAAACAGUAGAAAGACUAUGGAUCCCAGCCUGAGACCUGGCACCGAUCCGCUCAUGUCACAAUCAGUCACCCCCAACGACAGGCCUUCUGGCCAUUUGAGGGACAGGAAAAAGCGCAACUCUAUCCAGAUAAGAUUGGAGAAGACAGAUCGGAAAGGUCGCUACAUCUUGACAGCCGACGAUCCUGAAAUUCGGGAGAUAUUGAGGAAAGGUGUAGAGCGAGAGCGGGUAGAAGCAUCAGGAAAGAAGCCUCGCUUGCGAUUCCGAGAUCUGGUAUUUACAAGACAAUUCACAACGUUCGAUCGCCGGAGUCAGGCCAGCAGUGAGAGUCCCUUCUUUGGCUUCUUCACAUUAUUCUGGUUGGCAAUGGCGCUGUUGAUCGCGCAGAGUUGCCUAAAGAAUUGGCGGGAGUACGGCAGUGUCCUAGGUAGCAAUCAGAUCAUGAAGAUGAUGUUCUCACAUGAUGUGUACGUGCUCGGCUUGACGGAUGGGGCCAUGACACUGGGCAUGUUCGUCACAUAUUUCAUUCAAGUGUUUGUGAAGAAAGGAUGGGUCAAUUGGGGUAGAGGUGGAUGGAUUCUGCAGAACAUCUGGCAAACUGGAUACUUGGCUGGAUUGGUAGGCUGGGCGUAUUUCCGGGAAUGGCCAUGGACCCACACCAUCUUUGCGGUGUUGCAUGGUCUGGUAUUUCUAAUGAAGCAGCACAGUUUCGCAUUCUACAAUGGCUACCUAUCAGGCGUCUACAGGCGGAAAGCGCUACUGGAGGUCAAGUUGAAGCAGCUUCAGGACAUGGAACCGAAUCACUCUGCCCCGACUAGUCCUCGGGCUUCACAGCAGAUGGACCAAUUCGCGACUGGAAUCGACCUGUCCGAGCUAGCAAAGAAGACGUCCGAGCAUACUAUGGCAAAACGUCGUCCGUCGAUGCACCGAAACUCCACGAAUCUCACCAACGAAACAUCCGACGUCGCCUCCGUGGCCGCCGCCAUCCAAUCCGGCUCUCCCAUAACACCCGAUCAGUUGCAGACAUUCGAGCGCAUCAUGCACGCCGAGAUCGACGACCUCACCCAAGAGCUCAAGGGCAAGAAUUCGUGCGGCUCAAAUGCCUACCCUUCGAACCUCCGCCUCAGGAACUUCGCCGAGUACAUCUGCCUCCCCACUCUCGUCUACGAACUCGAGUACCCACGCCAAGAACGCAUAAACUGGUGGUACGUGGCGGAGAAACUCUGCGCCACCUUCGGCGUCCUCUGCAUCAUGCAAGUCAUUAGCCAAGCCUUCAUCUAUCCCGCCGUGGCCAAGACCCUGCGGAUGAAAGAAGCAGGCAUGACGAUCGAGGAGCGCUGGCAAGAAUUCCCAUAUAUCGUCUCAGAUAUGCUGUUCCCGCUCCUCAUCGAACAAUUACUCACAUGGUACCUGAUCUGGGAAUGCAUCCUCAACGUCCUGGCCGAACUGACCUAUUUCGCCGACCGCGGCUUCUACGGCGAUUGGUGGAAUAGCGUAACCUGGGACCAGUACGCGCGGGACUGGAACAGACCUGUGCACAACUUCCUGCUGCGUCAUGUCUACCAUAGCUCCAUCUCGAGUUUUCAUCUGAGCAAGCUUGCGGCGACGUUUGUGACGUUCUUGCUUAGUGCGUUGGUGCAUGAGAUGUGCAUGGCGUUGAUGUUUCGGAAGGUCAGGGGGUAUUUGUUUAGUAUGCAGUUGAUGCAGAUGCCGCUUGUGAUGGCGAGUCGGAGCAAGUACUUGAGAGAUCAGGUCAUAUUGGGGAACGUGGUGUUCUGGCUGGGCCUUUUCAUUGGUCCGAGUUUCUUGACCAGUCUCUACCUUGUCAUAUAG